AUGGAUUCCUUCAAUGAUAUACUAAAAAGGUUUGACAAUGGUGAAGUAUUCACUUACCUUGUUGAUAUGAGCAGGAAGCUUUCCAAAGAGAAUGGUUUAGAGGAAUCUGAUUACAACAUAUAUCGCGAUCAAUUGAAUCAACUUAUAAACGAACAAAGAAAGAGACAACCACAAUCAAUUGUAAAGAAAAAGAAAGGAGAUGCUACUACCACUGCAGAGUCCAAAGUUCAAUCAUCAAUGAAUGUAUUCAAGUUAGUUUCGCGAAACUUAGUCAUGGUUCUACGUGUUCUUACAUCCAAGACUUAUGACAUGGCAAAUCUGUUAUUGAACGAUGUAUACUUGGAUGAACAUGGAAAUUUGCGUCAACUGUGCAAAGUGGCUAUAAUCAUCCUCAUUGAUCUUUUUGAACACUUUCCAAGUCAAUUGGGAUCAUUGAGUAGUUUUUGCGUUGCCCAAAUUUACAAAAUUUUGAAAAAGGAUCCAAAUAUCGAUGGUGAUUUGGUGUACUUGUUGUAUUCAGUAUCGAAAAAUGCAACAAAGCAAGAUAUUGAUGAAAAAUUAAAUACAAAAUUGAUCAAGAUUUGUACAAAGUCCAUUUUGCAAGAAAUUAUCUCUUUUGAUAUGGAGGAUGAAAAAUGCACAUCAACAGUGCUUUUGAAAAAAAAUUACACCCAGUGUUUCAAGAAUCUUUUGGUGUUGAAUAUAUCAAGUCAUUAUGAAUCUUUGUUGGAAGCUUCUGCUAGCUCAAGUUCUGCUGGAGCCAAGAUGAAACCAGAAAUGAUCAUGGCUCAACAACACCAUUUCCAACAAGGGAUACUAACUGCCCAUGAGAACGUUUUUGAGUACUGCUUGUCCAGUCCACUUAUGGAGAUACGUGUAACGGGGAUAGAUUUACUAUCAAAUCUUCUCAUAAAUUUUAUUCCAACUGGUAACUUCAAUGCGAUCGAGUACUUGAUUAGGUUUUACCCAUUACCGGACCAAACCAAUUGGGAUGCAAGCCUCUCUGUGAAAAUAGAUACAAAUGGUGAGCCAUUAAUUGAAACAAAAAAGGAGAAAAAUUCAAUAGUCAAUCACGACAGUCAAGCCAUUAUAAAUAGUCUGUUGGAGAAGAACCUUUUACAAUCAAGCAUAGCUGCUACAAUUAUUUUCUAUAUCCAAAUGGAACAAUUUCAAAAUCCCGAGUAUUUGUCCUCCAACUUGAUAAACAUCUUGCAGUUGGUGCUUUUGAAGUUUGACGACUUGAAAUUUGACAACAAUAAAAUCAUCCACAUUCAGGACACAAAUUGGAACAAGACUCUAACAAACUGGAAUGUGAUUCUUGACUAUGUCAUCAAAGAAACUGGCUCUGCUGCAGGUGACGUUUUAUCUAGUUAUUUGUACUCAAAAUUGAAUGCAACCCUUAACAAAAUUGCUGACACAAACCACGGAGAAAACAAUGAGCCGGUGUCAUUAAAUAGGGACAAAAAACGGGAGUCAAGAAUUUUCGGUUUCAAAACCACCAAAUCAUCAAAAAGAAAAACAACUGGAUCAGAUAUUAACAUUUACACCAAUCCAUAUCAAGCUUGUCUUGUUUUGUCAGUUAUUGAAAAUAUUAUCCCAGCAGGUAUAAACAUAGAAUCCUCCGAGGAAAGGGACAAGGAUGAGGAGAAGAAGAACUUCAAUGAGUUAGAUGAGGAUUUGGAAAUGACUAAUAAUACGGAUGCGCGGGGAUUGUCCCUUUUGGAGAAUACUUUGUUCACGUUGAUUGCUAAUGAUAACUUUUAUACCCGUAAUUACGCUAUAAAGGCAUUAUUGACUUAUGCGACAUUUAACCCGGCAAUCAUCAACCAGUUGAUAUUAUUUGCAUUCAAAUUUGUUGAUCAGGAGCAUAAACAUUCGGACAGGGUUUUAACGAAGGGCCAGUAUAACACUUGCGGUAUAUCUUCAGUGAGACUUCUAAGCUACUCAUUAGCUUUGCUGUCCUUAAUCAAGCAAACAGAUCCAGCCUUGCUACAAAAUACAAUCGUUGUGAAAGUUUUGAGUUUUUGCACCCAGAAUUUGAAACAUAGUGGAAACUCCAAUAUCAAGAACUCAAGUUGCUGGAUCAUUUUAGCUUCAUUGGUUUCGUUGUACAACUUUUCCGAGUACGUCAAAUUGAACUCAUCGCAGUUUUUGAUUUUUUGGAAAAGCUUGCUUACGUCUCAGUUUCUUUCUGUCAAUUCAAACCUAUCAGGAAAUGACCAAACUAAUGAGGUUAUUUCAAAUUUGAAGGUCAGAGCAUUUGCUUUGGUGUGUUUGCAUAACUACUUGAAGUCGGUCGACUUGACUCCAGAGUCAUUCAAACAAAUCCUGUUCUUGUUGACCAAGUCUUACAAUUACUUAUCUCAUUUGGAAAGUAACAUUGAAAAUGUGAGUUUGGUGACAACUUUGAAUUCAUCUUACUUCAAUGAUUACGAUUACAAUCCCAAUCUUCUCAAUAAUAUACUAUACUCCAACCAUUCAUUUAAUGGACUGUUGACUUCGGAAAAGAUGAUUGUUAGCUUGGUGUUUUACAGUAAAAAAGUGAUUUUACAGAGUUACAAGGAGAUAGCCAACUCGCUCAAGAGUGAAAUAAACUCCAAUCUUGUCAUUUUCCUUAUCAAGAUUUUUAGUGAUCAUAGGAUAUUUUCAAGAAGCCUUUCAUCAGAAGGUGACAAGUCAUCUAAGAACAAAUUGAAAUACCCAUCAUUGCAUUCAAAUAUCAUUGAUGAUUCGUCAAGUUAUAUCGGCGAGGAUUACAACUACAAUUUUGGUUUGACAAGCAAAUGGCCCUUUGAGAUAAUACGUGGGCCAAUUCAUAUCAGGGAUCAGGAGAAUACACAGAGAGACUUCUUAUCCCCAGCAGAGAGUGUUUUUACCUUGCACAAAAAUGGACACGCAACGUAUUGGUUCCACUGUCUUGAAAAAGUUGCAUUUUCUUCAACAACUCGAUCUAUAUCCUUCGACCCCAACGAUUUCCUAACUCAUGAUUCUCCAUUGAAUGGCAACUCAUCGUCGGUAUUGAUGACCUCGUUGGUCGAUCUUGCAAUAGACUUGUUUGAAACACUGUUUGCUCACUUGACGAGUAAAAUUCAAUUUUCCUUGUUGGAGCAAAUUAGGAACUCGCUCACAGCUCAUCAAGUUGACGAACUAAGAUUGAAAGCUAUAAUGUUGAAUGUAUCAAUUGCUAUGAACGGCGUGGUGAAGAAUAUGUCCGAAAAAGAAUUGACAUUAGAGAUUGGUGUCGCUUCAACUUUGAUUGACAUUGUCAAGAAAAUUAACCUCAGGAAUGCAGAGCUUAUCGCUAUGAAUGCAGAGACUAUGGGGCUAAUUGCCCUUCUUGUAAAUAGAGAUGAAGCACACGGAGCCAUAACCAACCUUAUAAACGACGUUGUCACCGAUGAGGGUCCUUUCCAAAGAGGAUUUUCCGUGCUUUCGAUGGCAAAUAUUUACUUGAGGAAGAAAAUCGGAUUCAAAGAGACUUACAAUAUUUUAGCUCAAUUGUUGAACGACCAAAAUCCUAUUGUUUACUAUUUUACAUUGCAAAGUCUCGUAAAGAUAUUUGAAACGAACUCGGAUAUGUCGCCAUUGGUGCCACAAAUCUUAGAAAGGCUUUGUAGCAACUAUUUGGAUAAUAAUUUUGGUUAUGAUCUAACAGAUAAAGUGUCGAUCAGUCUUAAAACGAGGUUUGGCUCAGUUGGCAUUAUGGCAAAAUUGUUACAACUAAUAAUCACAUCUUUAGGGCCAGAGUUACGAGAAUGGCAACUUCGAGACAAGGUAGGUUUGAGAAAUCUCAUUGUUGCUUUGAGCUAUGGUAUUGGAUUAGCUACAUUGGAUGAUUAUAUAGUAGUCUAUCAACAAUUGAUAGAGCUAUUCAAAGAGUUGAUAAUAUUUGAUCCAAAUCUUAUUGAAGGUGAAGUUGGCGUAUUUACGAAAUUGUUGAAUUUGAUCAUAUCAAAGAACCUCAAGAUUGCAGUGGCAAACGUUUCUCCAACCUCGCUAAACACCGACUCAAUAUUUCCCUUCACUACCAGUUUUGAUUUGUAUUCUUCUGCCUACAGUUGCUACUACGAAGUUGUAAAGAUAUAUGGUGUCGGAAUUAUUUCACAAGAAACCGAGUACUUGUUUUGGGUAUCGAUGAAUAUAAUACCAUGCCCUGAAUUGGAGAGACUCAUUUUGCUUUGGAUAGAAUGCAGUUUGGAUAAGAAUUGGUUCAACACAUUAAAUACGUUACUCAAAUCAAGUAUGAAAAAGUUGGUGGACCCAUUCCUCGAGUCUAAUUAUCAACAAAAGCUUUUGCCAUUGAGUCAACGUCAAAAGAAGCAUAGUAAAGCUAAUAUUGUUGAUUUCAAGGAUGAAGAAAAUGAAGUCAUUGUUGAUGAAGAUGAAGCAAAGAUGGAAAAGAAUGAGCCUAUUACCUUGGAGUUCAGAGUGUUUAUUUAUGAGGCGUUGAAUCAUUUGUUACUGUUGGCAUACAAGAACCCGAAGCUUAUUGAUCGAUUAAAGAGCAAAAUACCUGAAAUAGUUAAGCUUUCAUUUUUGGGUGCUGCUUCUCCAAUUCUCGACUUGAAAUUAAAAGGACUUGAUUUGUUGAAUUCAACAUUGGAGUUGUUUGGUGAUCUCGAAGAUCCAUUGUAUCCUUCAACAUCGAUUUUAGAGCAACAACAAGCUCAAAUAAUCAGUGCUUUAGUACCCUGUUUUACCCCAGGGAAUGAUUACAAGGUAAUUGUCCACGCCAUUGGCGUCUCUUCCAACUUUAUUAACUUACCACGCAUAAAAUAUUAUUCGAAGCAAAGAAUUUUAAAAACAUUGAUUCAAUUAUUGGAGGAGAUUUCCUCAAAUAAAUUUUUGAAGUUUGGGUUUUUGGAGGAUAUGUCAGAGUUUGGUAAAAAGAGCAUUCAGUUGGCUAUUUUGAAUUGUUGGGCAUUGUUGAGAAUUGAAGCUUAUGAGGAAUUGGACCAAAACGAGGAAGAAUUUGAGCAGGUGUUGGAGAAGUAUUCUGAGUUGUUGAUAUCGUUGUGGAUCCUUUCGUUGAGAGAGUAUUCCAUUGUUAAAUACAGCGAGUCCUCAAGCCGAGAACUCGAAAUUUAUGGUAAUUAUUGGAUUAAUUUGGUUACAGUCUUAAGUUUGGAAACCGAAACGAAUUACACGUUGAUCAAUGACUCACUUUCUGGAGAUAGCGAAAACUUUUUUUUCAUAUUAUUCAGUCAAUGUAUUGAGUCGUUGGUUAAAAACAGGAAUGUUGUACCUAUUUUGAAGUCAUUCAAUAAGCUAAUGGGUAUAAGCACCUUAGUCGAUUUGUCUUUCAAUGACCAUAUAUUUGGAGAGUUGAUUGAUGUUGUUGAUCGAUUUAUGUUGGUUGAGGAGGAUGCUGAGAUCCAGUGCUUGUUUUUGGACAGCAUGGAAGCGGCGUUCCGUACCUAUAUAUCAUCACACCAAUCUGAUUUAGAGUUCGGGUUUGAUAAGCUAUUCGAAUUGAUCAGGGUCACAAUGAUUCCUUUAUUCAGAAUUUUACCGUUCCUCAAGUCAGACUUCGACAAUAAUUCCGAAAAUUAUGAAGCUUUACUCAAAACUGCUGAGGGUGCUCCAAACUUAUUGAUUUUGAAGAAAACGUUUGAAAAUUUAGUGAAGAUGAUUAUGUUAUUUCCAGAUGUUGUGAAGAAGGAUCUAUAUUCGUGUCUCCUUUAUAUCUUUGCAAAAGUUUAUGAGAGCAAAAAGGUGUUUUUGAUUUCAGUUAUACUUCCAUAUUUGAAACAGGUUGUCACUGACAGUAGAAAGCUCGGUACUGACUUUAUCAAACCAUUUUAUGAUAUUGUCUCCAGAUUUUACAUAAUAGACGCUGCAGAGAAUUAUACUGUCUUGACGACGGUGAUUCUUGUGACAUGUGGUGAUAUUCAAUUAAAUGCUGAAGAAUCGGAGCAGUUAAGCGAUGGGUUACUUCAACUUUUACUGAAUGAGAAGACUGCAUCGUUGAGCUUACAAUGCAUCAAGUCUCUAAUGCAACAAACCGGCUCCCAUGUUAACCUUAUUUUGAAAAAUUUAAUCAUUGGACUCAUUGGAAAUAUAACGGGUAUUGACCCAGUUGCUGGUAUCAGCACCAAACUAUCAUUUGAGAUAUUGAUAUUGUACACCAAGAACGUUGUGGAUGACAAACAGAAGUUGACUGCUUUUUACUCUCUUUUGCUACCCACAUUGAUCAAAUCUGGUGCUGAUGAUAAGCUAUACACACGUGACAAACUUUUACUUUUAAUCAAGCAAGAUUUCCUGGUAUUCAAAGAAGUUGUUAAUAAGUAUUUGAGUUCAUCACAAAAGACAUUGGCAGAAGAGCUCAUAAAGUUGAAGGGAGAAGCCUUACAGGAAAAAACAGAUCCACAAAUAGAGUUGAAAACUUUUGUAUAG